CCCGAGAUGAUGAGAUGAGAAAUGACGCACCCAUGCAGGGCAAGCCGCAGCAAUUCAGAACCCCCCCCCCAGACCAUUGAUGUUACCCAGAGAAUUCUGAUUCGACCACGUAUGUUUGCUGACGACCCCCUUGGCAUCCUACCACGAAUGAUGAGAUGUGAUCGAAAUCACGACGAGUACAAGCCAUCUUCAGAGAAUCGGAGAGAGAAGAGGAAGAUGGGAAAGGAAUCGGGGGAAAAUGUAAUUCUCCCAUUGGCAGCCCUACUUUUUACCUUAACCUUACCUUUUCACCGGGAAUUCUUUCCCAUGCCCAUCUCGUUUUGCUGCAACGCUCCCCCCCCCCUCCAUCUCUGGUUAAGCAAGAAUGUUCUAUUGACGUCGCUUUUGUUAUUCUUGCCCCUCCUUCGUGAAACCACCUGCAGUCAGGUACGUACAGGAACCGGGAUGUUUCCCAAAAAGAUGGGGAAAAAGGAAUGGGAAGAAGAGGAAGGUAAUGGAGGGAGGGGAAAAGAACCCACCCCCCCCCCCUUUCUCUCUCCGAGUUUUUCCCUUGCACCCAAACUCCUCUCUUUUUUCGGUCCUUUCUUCCCUGAUGCUACCUGCUGCGCCGUGGUGCUACUAUGGUGGGGUGUUGUCUGUCCCUCAGCACGGGGGAACACACGCAAGACGACUAGAGCCAGAUGGAUCAGGCCACGCCAGCCCAGAUCAAACCCCUCAAACUUGUCGUAAAGUCCCGCAUUUCUACACUGCCAUCCCAUUGUUCCGGAUCCCCGGAACGUGGAAAGUUUCCCUGCGCUGGGAGGGCAUGUGAAGGCGGGGGAGGGGGGUCAAAGAAAGAGAGAGAAGAGGAAGCUGAUUCAGGCACAUACGUAUGGAUAGCAGGAGAAUACUGACGGGAUGCCCAUGCUGCGCAGAACGAAGUAAAAGAGGGACAAGCUCAUGGAAUAUCAAUCUGGAGGGGGAGAGUACGGGGAGGGAAGACAGCUCGCUCUGUGCGUUCUCCGCUGAGGAAUGUCUGAGAGACCCGAAUCGCCGUCCACGGGAAGCCUCUUCAAGUGUUCCAAGGACGAUGGAGAUGGAUGAAUAGAAUUGAACUGAUC